AUGUCAAUUGAUUUCAAAUCUUCAGAAGAUUCGACAUCGACUGCAAGAUAUCAUGUAUUAAGGUCAAUCUCUUCCACAAUUGAAUCAAUGGGGAAAAACAUUAACUCUUACCAUCUUCUUGAUGAAGACAUUUCUUUUGAUGGAAAUGAAUUUCAAUCUAGAGAAAUCAAUGAUGAGUUGGGUGUUGAAAUUCCAGAAGAAGAUAUUACAUCUUCAAGAUCACUUAAUAGCGAGCAACAACAAGUGUAUAAUGUAGUGUUGGAAACAUUUUUAUCAAACCAAAAUGCUACAUUCUUUGUAGAUGGCCCAGAUGGGACAGGGAAAACAUUCCAAUACAGGGCACUUCUGGCAACAGUACGAUCAAAAAACUUGGUAGCACUUGCAACUGCUUCAUCAGGUGUGGCUACAUCUAUACUUCCAGGAGGUCGAACAACUCACUCAAGCUUUAAGCUUCCACUUGAUACUGACGAAAAAACCACAUGUUGUGUGAGCAAACAAAGUGCACUUGCAAACCUUCUUCGUGCAUCAAAAUUAAUAAUAUGGGAUGAGGCACCGAUGACAAGAAAACAACACAUAGAGGCAUUAGACAAAAUGCUACGAGACAUCAAUGAUUCUGACGUAGCCUUCAGUGGAAAGGUUGUUGUUUUCGGGGAGAUUUUCGACAAGUAUUACCUGUGGUCCGUAAAGGAACUAGACAAGAGCAGGUUAAUUCCAGUCUGGUUCAUUCUUACUUGUGGCCUACAUUGA